ACCUUUGUGACUGGAAGAAGAAGAAAACGUAAACAGUGCUGCUGUGUGUCCUAGUGGCUCAUGUUUAGCGUGCUAAACGUGAUGGUAGUUUAGUGUUUUGUUUUAUUAACAGCAAUGACUCAUUUGGGCGAGCUCCUCGAGGCAUCAUGACGUCAUUGAGAAGGAUCCAGUCAUGUUUCGCGCUCCUGAGACAACCCUGCACGUGGAGCUGUCGCACAGCAACAGCCUGCAGACUCCUCCACACAACUCACCUGUCACCUGCAGUCAACAGGCAGCAGCUCCACCGGCUGACAGGUGUGUCUCUCUCUGCGUGGAGGCUGAAGAGCUCAGGUGACUUCAGCAGUGGGCAGCCCACAGGAUUCACUCAGGAGGAGGAGGAGGAUGAAGAUGUCCUUGAUGACAGUGAGGUGGAGGAGCUGUUUCAGCAGCAGGCUCCUGAAGGUAUCGGAGAGGGUCAGCAAAGGGUCUUCAUCGUUCACCCUGAUGUGAAGUGGGGGAGCAGGAAGCAGCAUCUGACCACAGCUGAGCUGAUGAUGGCCGAGGCUGUGGGGCUCGUCAACACCUUAGACAACUGGAGAGUGGUGGACAAGAUCAUCAUGUCCACCAAGACACCAGAGAAGAAGAAGAUAUUUGGCAAAGGAAACUUCCAGACUCUGACAGAGAAAAUCCGGCAGACAGCUGGAGUCACUGCUGUGUUUGUGAAUGUGGAGCGUCUGUCUCCUUUAUCUGAGAGGGAGCUGGAGGAGGCCUGGGGCGUCAAAGUCUUUGACAGAUACUCGGUGGUCCUGCACAUCUUCCGCUGUAACGCCAGGACUAGAGAGGCCAAGUUACAGAUCUCUCUGGCAGAAAUCCCUCUGUUAAGGUCUCGUCUAAGAAAUGAAAUCACAAACAUGGACCAGCAGGGUGGGGGAGCGAGGUACAUCGGAGGUUCAGGUGAGACUCUGCUGGAGGUGCAGCAGAGACUGCUCAAAGAGCGUGAGAUGAAGAUUCGCUCGGCGCUGGAAAAACUGCGGAAAAAGCGUCAUCUUCUGCGCUCUCAGCGGACACACAAAGAGUUCCCCAUCGUGUCCGUGUUAGGAUACACAAACUGUGGGAAAACGACUCUGAUCAAAGCUCUGACAGGCGACAGCGGCCUCCAGCCCAGAAACCAGCUCUUCGCCACGCUGGACGUCACUGUUCACGCCGGCCAGCUGCCCAGUCGAAUGACGGUCCUGUACGUGGACACCAUCGGGUUCCUGUCCCAGCUGCCCCACCAACUCAUCGACUCCUUCUCUGCCACCCUGGAAGACAUAAAACACUCAGAUCUGCUCGUCCACGUCAGAGACAUCAGUCAUCCAGAGACGGUGAAUCAGAAAGUCAACGUGCUGAAUGUCCUAAAGAACCUGCAAAUCCCUGACCGGCUGAUGAGCUCCAUGAUAGAAGUCCACAAUAAGACUGACCUCGUUGACGACUAUCAGAUUACAGAGCCCGGUGUGUUGCCCAUAUCUGCCUUAGAGGAGCGAGGCCUGGAUGAGCUGCAGAGAGCCGUGGAAGAUCAGAUUGUAAACUCUACAGGAAAACACAUUUUAGAUCUCAAAGUGGACCUCAGCACUCCUCAGUUAAGUUGGCUCUACAAAGAAGCAGCCGUUCAGGACGUGCAGGUGGACGCAGACGAAGGCUCAGCUGUCAUCAGAGUCAUCAUCAGCCGUGCUGCUUACGGACGCUACAAGAAACUGUUCAAGUGAAAAUAGUGGAGAGAAGAGGAGAGUGAUCCUUCCUGCUGCUGCAAACUCUACCACAAACACCUUUAAAAAGAGGACUGUUACAGAAUGAUGUACAUUCUGGUAAACAUGUAUAAACUGCACUUUAAAGUGGAUGAAUGUUUUCAUAAUAAAGAAAAUAUAUAAAGAA